UAGCCACUUGUCGCCGAUCGUUGAUGAGUGAUCUGCAGCAGCCAAUGACGCGAUCUCUAGAAAAGAACCCCACAGCUUUAUAGAAGAGCAUUUCACAGUAAGUGAAGGUAUUUCUUGGAUAUUGGAUAUCAGCUACGUCCUGUCCUUGCAUUCCAGAGCAACAUAAUAGCUGAAUAUCCCUAGAGUAAACCCCCUAGAGUAAAACCUCGCCAUGCGAUUACAAGAUGUGAAAAAAACAGGAUUUCUCCCGAUCAGCUGAAAGGGGAGCCUGAGCUGAAAAGCUGAAUGCAGCUCCACCUGAAAGCGUUGGUCAGUUAACUUUAAGGAUAUAUAACUUCUCCUUCUCCUUAGCCCGCACUUGAACAAACCACUGUUCCAAAUCUUACACAAAAUGAAACUCCCAACACUAUCCACCACCACCACCACCCUCCUCCUCACAGCCACCGUCGCCGCCGCCAAAGAAAAAAUCAGCCUCCAAUGGGCCCUCUGCGACCCCAACCCCCAGUCAGCCCUCUGGAAACUGGGUCUCGGCACAAACACCCCUCCCUACAAAACCAACCCAAUAACCUACUACGACAUCCGCCCCCCGACCUACAUUUCCGACGGCCUCAUGUUCCGCACGAAAACAAACAAGGGCGAGCACCUCUCCACCGUAAAGGCAGGCUUCCACAAUGAGAAAGAGACACUCGACGUACCCGACUUUGUCGAAUGCGCGUGGGUGCGCUAUGGCGAUCAGCCUAGCUAUACUUGUGAAAAGCGCUGCCCGUUAGUGGAUGAGUCGAUGAUCUGGUGCGACGAGCAGGUGCUGUUUGCAGGGCAGUAUGAGAAUGUUGCCUGGGAGGAGAUGAUUGGGUAUGGGCCGUAUCAGAAUGCGAAGUGGAAGGUGCAGAUUGAAGGAUAUAAGACCAAGCUCGAUGAUGUUGUGACUGGGUCGCUGCAUCUCAUGGAGAUUGAGGCGAAGGUGCCGGUUGCUGAAGGCGAGGAGGCAUAUGACGUCAUUACUCAGUAUCUGAGGAACCGGGGGGUUGUGCUUUGUGAUAAGCAGGAGGGGAAGACUAAGCGGCUGUUUCGGGCUAUGGGUUAUGUUGAUGACGAAAGAAUUGAACUAUAAGAAUGGAUCUAAGUUGAUCAAGCAGCCGGAAAAGGGAUGUCUCUGAGCAGUUUCAAUCACUCAUGUUGAGAUAGAUUGGGAACAUACCAAAUGAGCAAAUGAAUCAGCUCUCCAAUGUCUACUAUUUGCAACUUAUGUAAAACCACGGGCUUCUGCAGUGACCCAUGCCAUACCUAGGCAAUUGAAGCACAUAUUUCUGCAUUCCGUCCGAGUCCAAGUCUCUUGCUGUGGAGCCGCGCCGUCCAUCUGCAGCGCAGGACAAAGGCACCCUUGAAGAUUCGUUGCUCACACCCGACCGACAUUAACAUCCUCG